AUGGAGACCCAGUGCACAGGUGCCAUGGAGGGCAGCACCCGUUCAUCACCUGUCAGCCAAGGUUAUGUGUUACCAGAAGGAAAAAUCAUGCCAAACACCAUCUUUGUUGGUGGAAUUGAUUUAAGGACCAAUGAAGCAGAAAUUCGGAGUUUCUUCGAGCGAUAUGGUACUGUGAAAGAGGUGAAAGUCAUCACUGACCGAACUGGUGUUUCCAAAGGGUACGGAUUUGUCUCUUUUCUGGACAAUGUGGAUGUUCAAAAAAUAGUGGAGUCGCAAGUCAACUUCCAUGGCAAAAAGCUGAAACUGGGACCAGCAAUCAGAAAGCAGCAAAAUGUGUGCUCUUAUGUGCACCCCAGACCAUCAGUCCUCAGUCCUCCUGCACCACAGUUCCAUAGUGUAUGGGGUAAUCAAAAUACGGAGACUUACAUGCAGCCUCCACCUGUAAUGGGCCCAGUAACACAGUAUGUUCAGACAUACCCAUACAGUACAUCACCAGCUGUACUCAUACAGCAGCAGGUUCCUGUAGGAUAUCAACCAGCUUACAGCUAUCAGGCUCAACCACAGUGGCUUGCUGGGGAGCAGAGAAAUUAUGUUAUGUCUCCGGUUUAUACUCCGGUAGGCUAUCACUGCAGUGAGGAUCCAGAAUUUAGACCGACGGAAUGUGCUGUUCCAGAGCCCAUGCAGUUGUCUGCUAGCAGCUCCCAAAAGAAGUCUAUGGACAGGAGCAUACAAACCGUAGUAUCCUGUCUGUUUAACCCUGACAACCGUGUGAGGAACAGCUUUGUAUCACAAGAUGACUACUUAAAGGAGAGGAAGGCACAUCACUUCAGGAAAGGAAGAUCAGUAUUCAGAAGUGAUCAACCAAAACUUCAAAAUGUCUAA